AUGCCCUUCAGCAACACCCACAACAAGUACAAGCUGAAGUUCUCGGCCGAGGAGGAGUUCCCCGACCUCUCCAAGCACAACAACCACAUGGCCAAGGUGCUGACGCCCGCCCUCUACCAGCGCCUGCGCGACAAGGAGACCCCCAGCGGCUUCACCCUCGACGACGUCAUCCAGACCGGCGUGGACAACCCUGGGCACCCGUUCAUCAUGACGGUGGGCUGUGUGGCUGGUGAUGAGGAGUCCUAUGAGGUCUUCAAGGAUCUCUUUGAUCCCGUCAUCCAGGACCGCCACGGCGGCUACAAGCCCACCGACAAGCACCGCACCGACCUCAACCACGAGAACCUCAAGGGGGGUGACGACCUGGACCCCAAGUACGUGCUGAGCAGCCGCGUGCGCACGGGCCGCAGCAUCAAGGGCUACUCGCUGCCGCCGCACUGCAGCCGCGGCGAGCGCCGCGCCAUCGAGAAGCUGUCCGUCACCGGUGAGGCCGAUACUGAUGGCCAUCCUGGUGGGACACUUUCUUCCUUGUCCCACCUUGCGGUGGGGGAGGACAAUCAUCCCGGUGCGGGUGGCCGAGCGCCUGUGUCCAUGGGCCGGCGCUGAGCGUGUCCCCGCAGGCACAAUGACAACAAGACCUUCCUGGUGUGGGUGAACGAGGAGGACCAUCUCCGCGUCAUCUCCAUGGAGAAGGGCGGCAACAUGAAGGAGGUGUUCAGGCGCUUCUGCGUCGGCCUCAAGAAGAUCGAGGAGAUCUUCAGCAAGGCUGGGCACCCCUUCAUGUGGACCGAGCACCUGGGCUACAUCCUGACGUGCCCCUCCAACCUGGGCACGGGGCUGCGCGGCGGCGUCCACGUGCGCCUGCCCAAGCUGAGCCAGCACCCCAAGUUCGAGGAGGUGCUGGGCCGCCUGCGCCUGCAGAAACGCGGCACCGGUGGCGUGGACACGGCGGCCGUGGGCGCCGUCUUCGACAUCUCCAACGCCGACCGCUUGGGCUUCUCCGAGGUGGAGCAGGUGCAGAUGGUGGUGGACGGCGUCAAGCUCAUGGUGGAGAUGGAGAAGAAGCUGGAGCAGAACCAGCCCAUCGACGACAUGAUCCCGGCGCAGAAAUAGGGCCCCCUUGGCCCCCACGAU